GCAUUAUUGUAAAAAACGACCACCCCUAUGCGUACAAUAAAUGACAGCUCAACAAUAAUGGAUUAAAAAGCCGGGGAAAAAAAUGGCGACCACGCUCUCGUUAUCUCCUCCGCUCCCCAAUCUCUCUCGUCCUUGUAAAGGUGGAGAAGUGCCACUGUAUGGAUUAACUACAUCGAAGUUAUUGUGCGGAACAAAUCUCUAUGUCAAGAACCUCCGCAUUCAGAAAAAUGCCCGAAACCAUGGAAUUUAUGCUGCAAAAGCAUCAACGGUUGGAAGAGAGGCCAAGAAAAGAGAAAUUGUGGUACCUGAUCCAGACUAUCGGAUACCAAUUGUUUUACUUGGAAUAUCAGCUGGUUUUGUGUACCUAGACAAUCUACUUGCAGCUGCUCCAGUUGGUCUACUUGGAUUACUUUUACUGUUCCAGGCUACUAGAGUGCGGUUCGUCUUCGACGAAGAGGCCUUGGUUCAUCCAGCACUCUUCUUUUCUCUAAACUCUGAAGUAAAAAUUGGGGAUCAACUUACGGAGUCGGGUGAAAAUGUUUUCGUUGGUGGGAAGAACCGCUGGAAGUAUUCAACAUUUGUGAAUUGGGAACUUUGGUGGCCUCAAUUCCCAGUUCUGGUGUACUUCAAGGAGACGCAGACCAAACCGGAAGGACAAGUUCACUUCUUUCCAGUAAUUUUUAAUGGUAAACAGCUUUAUGAUGUUAUGGUGGAGAGAGCGGGGCCGUCGAAAACUAGUGCUCCCAAAUAGUUAUGAAAAUUGUGACUAUAAUUUAGAUUUAAAUUUGUAAAGAUUUUGGAUUAUUAAUGAGGUGGUGAAAAUCUUAGCUCACAGGUUUGGCCUUCAUUGAUCUGAGAAUUUGUAAAAUAGUAGCAAUUUCUAUUCUCGAAAUAUUAUGGUUAUAGAAUAAGUUCGUACACAAAUUCUUCUUC